AUGAAUGGCUGCAAACCUGUUGAUAUUCCUUUAGUGGUGAAUGAAAAAUUAAAAAAGGAAGAUGGUGGAAGAUUAGUAGAUGCAAGCAUGUAUAGAAGUUUGGUUGGAAGCUUGUUUUAUCUAACAGCUACACGACCCGACUUAAUGUUCGCUGCUAGUUUAGUCUCAAGGUUCAUGAGUAAACCAAGUCAUUUACAUCUUGGAGCAGCAAAACGAGUUCUAAGGUAUGUCAUGGGAACCAUGGAGCAUGGAAUCAGGUUUGAAAAAAAUUCUAAACUCGAAAUUAAAGGCUACUGUGACAGUGAUUGGGCUGGAAGUGUUGAUGACAUGAAAAGAACUUCUGGUUAUGUGUUCAGCCUAGGUUCAGGAGUAAUUUCUUGGUGUUCGAAGAAACAAGACACUAUAGCGCAAUCUUCAGCUGAAGCAGAAUAUUUGGCAGGUGGUUUGACUACACAACAAUCAUUGUGGUUGAGAAGAAUACUUGACGAUAUCGGAGAAAAGCAAGAAGAAAGUCUGCUGCUUCACUGUGACAAUAAGCAAUAG